AAUUUUCGCUACUCGUCGUCGUUGUAGCCACUCUCUCUAAGAUUUAAAAGCUCUCUCGCUUUUCCUCGUUCGUAAAAGGCAAUUCAAAGAGUCAAUAUGUCUGGUGAUGAAGCUGCUCCUGCUGUUGUUCCUCCGGUUGCUGAGGCAGCUGCAAUCCCAGAGGACAUGGACCUAUUGACUGCGUUGGAGCUGACUCUAAGGAAGGCUCGUGCUCAUGGUGGUGUUGUUCGUGGUCUCCAUGAAUGCGCCAAGCUUAUUGAGAAGCGUUCCGCUCAGCUCUGUGUCUUGGCCGAAGAUUGCAACCAACCUGACUAUGUGAAGCUGGUCAAAGCUCUUUGCGCUGAUCACAACAUCAACUUGCUUACGGUUCCCAGUGCCAAAACCCUCGGCGAAUGGGCUGGUCUUUGCAAGAUUGAUUCAGAGGGCAAUGCGAGGAAGGUGGUUGGAUGCUCAUGCCUUGUAGUCAAGGACUACGGUGAGGAGACAACUGCACUCAACAUCGUCAAGAAGCAUAUUGAAUCUAACUAAAGUCGCCAAGUCAAGUUUCAGUUGCUUUCAUCCCCCCCCCAAAAAAUCGCAUUUUUUACUUUCUUGUGGCCACUUUUUUUUUUUUUUUCUCAUGUUUCCUUUGUUUUUGAUAAUUUUAAAUACUUGGUAGUGGACAGGUCUUGAGAAUUUGUUUGGAACAUGAAGUUUUGCUGUUAUCUAGGCUGUUAUCAAUUCCAUGUCCCAAUUCCCACAUUAUGAUUUUAUAUCUGCCCUCUUAAUUCAUCUUGAUGUCAGUUUGUUAUAAGCUAUUACACUUGCAAAAAAGUAAGACAUGGUCGGAAACUGUAACCAAACCGAAAAAGGAAAUAGUUAG